GUGUUGGUAAUAAACUGUUGAUAAUUUCAGCUGCUUGAAAAAAGUUCUUAUUUUUUUUAGAAAAAUUCUCCAAUCAAAAUAAAAUCUCGGAACUGUAUAAAAUCACUUGCAUUUUCAGAAAUCUAAUUUUCUAUUAAAAUGAACUCCAAACAUCUGAUGAUUGGUGACCCCUGCCCUCCACUUAUCAAUGGCAAGCUGAGAAUCUACAGUAUGAGAUUUUGCCCUUAUGCCCAGCGUGCAUUACUGAUUGCAGCAGCAAAGAAAAUUCCGUAUGACGUGGUCAACAUAAAUUUGCGAACUAAGCCAGAAUUCAUUUUUGAGAAAAAUCCCGGAGGAAAAGUUCCAACACUUGAAUUGGCAGGAGACGACGAAGGAUGUUUAUACGAAAGUUUGAUUGUUUGCGACUACAUGGACGACGUUUAUCCAUGCGGGGCGUCGGCAGGGGACGGAUCAUGUGUGGAUCGGCUAACGGCAAAAUCUCCUUUGCAGAAGGCCAAAGACCGCAUUUUGAUUGAACGAUUCAAUGCUGUCACCACUUUGGAUAAUCAAGCCUUGAUGCUCCCGCCGGAAUCAAGUGACGCCGAGAUAAAGGAACUGCUUCAAAACUUGGUAGAUUCUCUUAAACCGUUUGAAUAUGAGUUGGGGAUGCGGGGCACAAGAUUUUUUGGAGGCAAUGAGAAGCCAGGAAUGGUCGAUUACAUGAUUUGGCCAUGGUUCGAGAGAUUACCUGCUCAUGCCCUGCUUUGGGGGAGCAACUUUGACUUUCAACAGGCCAAAAGUUGUUUGCAACAACUGAAUGCAUGGGAGGAAGAAAUGAUCAAGGACCCUGCCGUUAAAGAAAGUUACCUCAGCCCUGAAGUUCACCACACUUAUCGUUUAGGAAAGAAACGUGGAUCUCAAGAUUACGAUCUUCUUUUACACAGCAAAGAUUAAUCACUCCGUUAUGAAAAUUCUUCUGCAUAUUUUAUGUGUACACCGUUUAUGAAAAAUGCAUAAAGAUUAUUGAGUUCAUUUAUAUUCUAAA